UCAUUAAACUGUGUCGUUUCACUUGUGUGGUGAGGAGAGCAGAAAAAGAAACAUGCCUCCAGUACAUAAUGGUCCUGUUGUAACAAUGUGGAGGAAAGAAUUCCAUUUUGCCUUCACACACCAUUUGAUUCCGUCCUCUGAUCACUUGGAGUAUUAAAUUCUGCCGUGUACCAUUAGUGGGAUAUUAUUGAUCUUAUCGUAAUGUACCUUUUUCUUUUUCCCAUUUUCUUUCCUUCUCUACUCGUUAACCAAACUUUCUUCUGUCUUUUCCCUCUAGUGGGACGCCAUCACCGAGAUGGACGAGCACAACCGGCCCAUCCACACGUUCCAGGUCUGCAAUGUGAUGGAACCCAACCAGAACAACUGGCUGCGUUCCAACUGGAUCUCUCGACAGGCGGCUCAAAAGAUCUAUGUGGAGCUUCGCUUUACUCUGCGGGACUGCAACUCCAUACCCUGGGUGUCUGGCACCUGCAAGGAGACUUUCAAUCUUUUCUACCACGAGACGGACGAGGCCCACGGUGUCAAGUUCAAGCCCGUGCAGUACACAAAGGUUGACACCAUCGCCGCCGACGAGAGCUUCACUCAGAUGGAUCUCGGAGAUCGCAUCCUCAAGCUCAACACCGAGGUGCGCGAGGUCGGACCGAUGACCAGGAAAGGCUUCUACCUGGCGUUCCAAGACAUCGGCGCCUGCAUCGCCUUGGUUUCCGUGAGGGUUUACUAUAAAAAAUGUCCGUUUACGCUGAGGAACUUGGCUUCGUUUCCCGACACGGUGCCUCGCGUGGACUCCUCUUCGCUGGUGGAGGUGAGGGGUGCGUGUAUCGACCACGCUGAGGAAAGAGACACUCCGAAACUCUUCUGUGGAGCUGAUGGUGAUUGGUUGGUUCCCCUGGGAAGAUGUGUCUGCAGUGUUGGAUAUGAAGAGACCGACGGCACCUGUAGUGCGUGCAUUCCAGGCUUCUACAAGGCCUACGCCGGAAACAUCAAGUGUUCCAAAUGCCCUCCUCACAGCUUCAGUUACGCUGAAGGAUCGUCCAUCUGCCACUGUGAGAAAGGCUUCUACAGGGCAAGGAAAGAUCCGCCCACCAUGGCCUGUACACGCCCUCCGUCUCCACCUCGUAACCUGAUGUUCAACCUGAAUGACACCUGCCUGAUGCUGGAGUGGUCGCCACCCAGCGACACCGGGGGGCGCCGGGACCUCACUUACAACGUGCAGUGCAAGCGCUGCGGUCCUGAGCCCAACCACUGCCAGCUGUGCGAGGAGGACCUGCGCUUCCUGCCACGGCCACUGGGCCUAACCAACGCCACGGUCACCGUCACAGACUUCACAGCGCACGCCAACUACACCUUCGAGAUCGAGUCGCUCAACGGCGUGUCGAACUUAAGCUCCUUCCCUCGCCAGGUGGCUGCCAUCACCGUCAGAACUGAUCAGGGCGGUCCGUCUGUCAUCGGGGCAGUGAAGAAGGACUGGGCCUCUCCCAACAGCAUCGCCCUCUCCUGGCAGCAGCCUGAACAAGCGGUGCCUCCCAUCCUGGAGUACGAGAUCAAGUACAAUGAGAAGGAACAGGAACAGCUGAGCUACUCGUCCACGCGCACCAAAGCUCCCAGCGUCAUCGUGUCGGGUUUGAAGGCGGCCACGUGGUACUCCUUCAGCGUACGCACUCGAACUGCAGCGGGAUACAGUUCCUACUCGUCAAAGUACGAUUACAAGACCGCAGGAGACUCGUCAGAUCUAGCUUCUGAUCAAGGCCAGGUGCUGGUUAUCGUCACUGCGGCCGUAGGAGGCUUCACGCUCCUCGUCAUCCUCACCCUCUUCCUCCUCAUCACAGGAAGGUGUCAGUGGUACUUCAAGGCCAAGAUGACCACAGAGGAGAAGAGGAGGACCAGCUACCAGAAUGGACACAUUCCUGUGCCGGGAAUAAAAACCUACGUGGACCCUGAUACGUACGAGGACCCCACUCAGGCGGUCCACGAGUUCACCAAGGAGAUCGACCCGUCCAGGAUCCGCAUCGAGAGAGUGAUUGGAGCCGGGGAGUUUGGGGAGGUGUGCAGCGGCCGACUCAGGACGCUGGGGAAGAAGGAGAUCGCCGUGGCCAUAAAGACGCUGAAAGGAGGCUACGUGGAUCGCCAGAGGCGGGACUUCCUGCGCGAGGCAUCCAUCAUGGGCCAGUUCGACCACCCCAACAUCAUCAGGUUGGAAGGCGUCGUCACAAAAAGCAGACCUGUGAUGAUAGUGGUGGAGUAUGUGGAAAAUGGAUCACUGGACUCAUUUCUGAGGCAACACGAUGGUCACUUCACUGUCAUCCAGUUGGUUGGAAUGCUCCGUGGCAUCGCCUCAGGUAUGAAGUACCUGUCAGACAUCGGCUACGUUCACAGAGACCUGGCGGCUCGAAACAUCCUGGUCAACAGCAACCUGGUGUGUAAAGUGUCAGACUUCGGUUUGUCCCGAGUGCUGGAGGACGACCCCGAGGCCGCGUACACCACCACGGUACACCUGAACUCUCCUCGCUGUAUUAUUUAUCUUCAGGGUGGUAAAAUUCCCAUCCGAUGGACAGCACCUGAAGCCAUCUCUUACAGGAAGUUCUCCUCAGCCAGUGAUGCGUGGAGUUACGGCAUUGUCAUGUGGGAAGUGAUGUCAUAUGGGGAACGGCCGUACUGGGAGAUGUCCAAUCAGGAUGUGAUCCUGUCCAUCGAGGAGGGCUACCGUCUGCCCGCGCCCAUGGGCUGCCCAGUCGCCCUGCACCAGCUGAUGCUGCACUGCUGGCAGAAGGAGAGGAAUCAUCGGCCCAAGUUCCCAGAUAUUGUUUCCUUCUUGGAUAAACUGAUCCGUAACCCCAGCAGCCUGCUGCCGCUGGUCGAGGACAUUCAGAGUCUUCCAGAGUCUCCCGGGGAGGACAUGGACUACCCGAUGUUCAUCUCUGUCACUGACUGGCUGGACUCCAUUAAGAUGAGUCAGUACAGCAGUAACUUCAUGGCAGCGGGUUACAGCACGCUGGAUUCAGUGGCCGGAAUGAGCAUUGAAGAUGUGAGGAGCAUCGGGGUGGAGCUCAUUGGCCACCAGAGGCGGAUCAUCAGCAGCUUACAGACUCUUCGCCUCCAGCUGCUGCACGAACAGGAGAAGGGUUUCCAUGUAUGAAGACGCACUUUUUUACCACAACCUGGGACGGACACAGAGGCGGAGCAGAAGGGACUGAAGUGUAGACCUCAGAAACCGACCGGUCCACAGCCUUCGCCUGAGUCGAACUGAACAGACUGGACUGACUCUCGGUCUCUCCCUCACACGUCCAGUAGUAACAGACCUGUUUUUUAUACUCUCCAUUCUUUUCCCAGUUCGCCCAGUGGGUCCACAGUGUUCCAGACUAUCACAGCCUGAGUACACACACACACACACACACACACACACACACACACACACACACUGGACCAGGCCCUCGCUUAGGGGAAAUGUAAUGCCUUGUUGCAGCAGCAGUAUUGUGUGUGGAGCAACAAUAUAUAGAGAUGUAGAUUUAUAAACAUAAUCUACAGAGUUUUCUUCUCUUUUUUUUUUUUUUUUUCUUGCUCUGAGUUAAGUGCUCAUGUAGCUGCUAUCGGGUGUGCAAUUGAAAUGUUUUACGUCUACUCUACAAAGUAUCCUCAGUACUUCUUUGGUUUUGUUGUGUUUUUUUUUUUUUUGGGGGGGGGGGUUAAUUAAUUUGUCCUCUCCCCAGAGAGUCUUGUACACUAAUACUUGAAGACAGAAGCAAGUUAAGAAGAUGCCGUGAAUGUUUUAAAAGUGUAUAGAAGAAUAUUCCAUAAUUAUUAUCAUAACCUAUCUAUCUAUAUACGUGCGGUCCUUUAUGUGAAAGCCCUAGUGAAUCUGGAACUUACUUAAAAUGUUUUUAUUUCUUUUUUUCUAUGGGUUAGUUUUUUUAAUAACGUCAGCAAUACAGUCACCUCAGUAUUUCCAAGAGACGAAGGCUCGUACUGUACGAUAAAACGAGAAAAAAAAAAAAAAAAAAACUCAUGCUGAACAGCAGCCACGUCCGCCUGGUUUUAGUCUCACACGCUCCUGUACCAGAACUGGGUCCGAUGCCUUCUGAUGAAGAACAGUAACAACUCUGCUCCGACAGUUUUUCUGCCUUUUUUUGGAUUGUGAAUGUUUCACGUUGCCUGAAAGUUCACAGUCUCCACUACCUGCAUAUGAAUGUUCACAGAUCUUCGCUGCUGUUGAGGUGGGAGUCCACCAACGGAACAUGUAUCGAUUGAUUCACAGUACCGGCCUACGCCUGUUGUUGUUAGUACUUCCACGCAAAGUUGUUGUUGUAUUGGAUCGGUGGUUCCCAAAGUGGGGGGCUGGCCCCCUUUUGGGGGCGCAGAGCUGUUGCAAGGACGGUCACGGAGAGAGAAAAAAAAUGUAUUUCACUUUAAAUUUUUUUUUUUUUUUUUGCUACAGUGGUGCCGCAGAAAUAGUUUGGGAACCACUGUGCUUGGUGUAACAGAUGUAAAGCUUCCAGGAGGAUUCAUCUGACCAACUGAUGUUGGGACUGAUGUCAUGUUUCCAGAACUCAGUGACAGACAGGAAUUUAUUAUAAGUUUUAUUCUCCGGUCCGGUGGUGGACAGAAGGCGGUAUAUUCAUAGAUUGUAAUCAGCAUAGAAUCUCAGGCUGAUAUUCAACGACUGUCAUUAUCAGCAGCAUCACACACACACUGUCUCACACACACACACACACACACCUACACACACACUCACACAUGCACUGAAUGCCUUACAAUGACAGAUACACUUUACAGUAGCUCCAGAGUUUGAGUGCAGUCAAAGGACCUAGCCAUUACUUUGAAUCGUCAUCCAUGUGAAUAUGAAGAGCUCGUCGUCAAGACAACAAACUGUGUCAACAGUGAUGAAUGUCAAAAGGCAAACAGGAUCCGUGCUCUGGGGUCACAGCGCAGUGGUUAUGCUUCCGGACCUUUCAGGAGUAGGAAAGGCGCAUGUGCACAUGGCAACACACAGACAUAUUUGUACACACACCUCCCUCACAGUCAGCACCCCCUCGACGGAUAAGGAGAAUAUCAGAUGCUGUUUGUUUAGCAUGUUCUACUGCUGAGCAAUGUUAGAACAUUCUUUUGUACAAAGUACAAGUAUACUUAUAAUUCUUGUAUUUUAUUUUUCUAUGAUUUCCAAAGAGAUGUUGUAGAUCUUGCACACUGUAAGAGGCAGCGGAUAUUUAUUUGCAAUUAAAGAUGAACAGUUCUG